CUCCUUCUUUGCCGCCGUCUGCUGCUGGCUAUUCCUGGACGAUGACGCGGGUGGACGGGCUCGCAUGGCCUGGUAGAUGUCUCAUCUCUGCUUCCUUCUCGCUUGACGUCGAUGCUUUACACCGUCCAGACAGCAGAAGUAGCACAACAUCCAAGACAUGCCAGGCCUACCGCUUCCCCGGACCCUUCAUUCGUCUGCCAGGGAGGCCCAUCUACGUCGGGACCUUCCCGCAGCAGCAGUCCCCCUUCGAAGAGCGCAUCGAGAGCUAACGGCUAUAUAAGAUCCAUCAGCAUGUCCAUCCUUCGUGCCUCCUCAUCCAUCUUCGUCGACCUCCAUGUCGUCCAUGUCUACACCCCUCAACCCAACACCUAGCGCAGAGGCACCUGCUGGCCCUUCUGUUGCGCUGCCUCUUCAAACACCAGAGACAUCCGCAGCAGUGAGUGGUGUCGGCGCCUCUGCCCACCCGUCCACCCCGUUCACUUCUAUUCCGGCCACUCAACACGCCCAAGACCAAGACAAGGCCACACCACGGCACCUGCAGCCGCGCCAGAGCAUGCACGCCCUGGUCCAAGACCCUAUUCGCGCGUCAGCCGUUCCAGCUAUCACUGUUGGCACCAGCAGCAGUCGCCCUGUUCCUGCCGGCCACAUGCUCGCACCACGACACUUGCCGCAGCGGCUUGAGAUUUCACCCACAUUCACACUGCAAUCUACACCGGAUGUGGAGUUUUUGACAUCUCCAGAUUUGAGGGUGGCUGCUGAGUAUCAGUCAUUACUCACUUGGUGUCCCUUUGAGCCAGUGCCAGCUGGUACACAGUCUGCACCGGCAUCGACGCUCACUACGCCAUUGCAGACUACAUUCCAACGUCCUCAGCAGCUGCAGCAACGUCCUCAGCAGCAGCCGCAGCAGCAGCAGCAGCAAGUGGUACAUGCACCGGCACCACCGUUGCAGCAACAGUCCUCCACCACAGGCCAAGAGCAGCAACAAGCCUCACAUCUCUCCUUUGGCUUGGAUUAUCCAUUGUAUGAUGAUGCUGAUGUGUCUAUGGAUACUGCUGCAAACAACACUGGCGGCGUUUAUCGUCUAUCGCCCAAGUUUGAUGCUGCUUACCGUGCUCCUGGAGAGCAAGCUACGAGUGGUGUUGGCAACAGUGAGCAGCAACGACAACAGCAGUUGCAUCAGCAGCAGCUCCAGCAGCAGCAGCAGCAGCAUGUGGUGGAAAACGCUGAACUCGCUGAUGCCUUCGACCAGCCUCAUCUUGACGCCGGUGGCUUUGUGGAACCUUCUGCCUUGACGCUUCCAAGUUAUCAAGAGCAAGUGCAAGACAGCCAGCCUCAUGAGGAUGAAGAGAUGCUCAUGUUGACUCAUGAACCAGCCGUGACUCACGCUGAUGUGACACCUGUCAUGGGUAUGCAGCAGUCUUACCACGAGCCUGCAGUCUCUUAUACAUCUGGUGUUGCUGCUACGGGUGUUGAGGAACAAGUACUUGCAUUGCAGCGACAGUCAUCGACAGACUACACACCCCAGACUACUCCCGUCGAGCGACUACUUUUCCGGGAUCCAUCACAGCAUCAGCAACAGCAGCAGGUGUUUACAGAGCAGAGUCACGCACAGCUUGCUAUUCACGCGUUACAACAACCCUUUCACUUCGUCGACCCAGCAGCGCUUCAGACACAAGCAGCGCCUGCUCACCCUCUCACACAAGCGCAGUACCAGCAUCAACAUCAAGUCUACAUGUCGCGUUCUAUUGAGGAAGUGACGGGUGGUGCUGGACAUGUUCAGUAUGUGCCUACCAUGCAGCAAGAACAGCAACAGCAACCAGCUCAAGCAGAGCACGCUGCUCCGUACCAGCAAGAGCAAGAGCCUCAGCCUAUGGAGUACCACGCUGCACCUACCCAGCAAUUGCACCUGCUGACGUCUACCUCUCCUCGCUUGGACGCUGCACCGGGUCCUUCCACGGGUGUGGCACCACCUGCUCCCUCUGCCUCUGUUCCUCGUCAACGCACACGCAAACCAGCGCGUCGUGGUGCUCGUUCAGCAAACCAUGAGGAGACACCCGAAGAGCGUGAACACUUGCGCUCGAAAAACACAGAAGCAGCAGCACGCUCCCGUCUCAAGAAGCGAGAAAUGCUGGCAGCUGCGCAAGCUCGGUGUAAUGCGCUUGAGAUUGAGAAUGCACAACUACGACAAAUCUUGUUGAUGCGAGAGCAAGAGUUGGCAAAGUUGAAGGGUGAGCCUGAGCCCACUGAGCUGCCUUGCCUUGCGAAAGCAUCGUCUUAUUGACCACACACUUGUUCUCUGUCCCUCUGUCUUUUUGGAUCAUCUGUCCCUUUUCCUUUCUAUUCACUUGUAGUGUCUUGUACUAAUUCAAUUGUUC